AGAGUUCCUCAUCUCGCAUAGACAUUCUUAGAGAGAGUUGUCAGGGACGACCUGUACGUGGAACACAGCAUUAAUAUGGGCAGCCGCAUGGGUUUGAUCGGGUACUUUGUCAUCGUGGUAGGUAUACUUGUGAGGGGUGCAACAGCUAAAACAGUUUAUGAGGUUGGGGGCAGCGUUGGCUGGACUGUUCCCCCAAACACCUCCUACUACUCCACCUGGGCUACCACAAAUUUACAGACAUUCCUUCUUGGCGACGAACUUUCAUUCAACGGGACGGGGACGCACACCAUGGUGGAUGUAUCCAAGGCUUAUUACGAUAACUGCACAACGGAUAUAGGUAUAGUAUUUGGUAGCCCAAUAAUAUUCACUCCUCAAACCGCUGGUUCUUACUAUAUAAUCUGCACCGUUGAUGAUCACUGUACACGAGGUCAAAAGUUUUCUUUCACCGUAAUUGGAUCGUCAGCUGAACAACCCACGUCCGCCGCUUCAUCUCUAAGCGUCAGUGCCUUAUUUGCAGUGCUCUCCGCCACAGUCAUCUAUUUCUUGGCUUUCCUCUAUAUUAAUUAAUUAAUGUGUCCCCAUAGUAUAACAGUUGUUGAUUGUUAUGAAUUCAUCUGUCUUGUUCUUCUACUA